UCGUCUAUCAGAAGCCACCCCCCUCUGGUUAAAACACUACGAGGAUGUCUGCUCCAAGUGCAUGUCCAUGAACGUGAUGUGGGGAGAUGGAGGAAGACGGGCUGCUUUGCUCGCCCCAAGACGGGCUCUUGAAGAACUGGCGAUGGGGCAAACAAGUGAAGGAUCAAGCUCAUCUGAAACAGAGGAUCCGAGAUAUACCGGGACUGUUAAAACAGGGACUGCAUUUGCGGAAGAAAAGUGUGGAGACUCCAAACAUUACUGAGGAUCCAAGCCCGGCCUUGUGUAAACAUAAGGGUUGCUCGGAGAGUUUGGCCUGCGCCGGGCGUGGCUUGAGGAACGCCUUCCUGUCACAUGGCCCUUAUCCUGUUAAAGAUCGAAUCCAGUUCGCCAGGAUCCUGAGGAGGAGCUAUGUUGGCGUGGAGCUGGUGCAGUGGCUGGUGGAUCAGAGCGAGCUGGUCCCGGGCCGCACGGCGGCGGCGUGCGUGUGGCAGGUGGUCAUGGAGCUGGGCGUGCUGCUGUCCGUGGACCACAGGGUCAGGUUCGAGGACUCCCACACGUACUACCAGUUCUCCUUUGAGGAGUGUCAGGCCCAGGACUGCGGCUUCCAGGACGAGGACGUGUGGCUGAGCGGAGUGAGACUGCUGCUCCAGCUGGUCCCGAGCAGCCAGCUGCAGGCUGGGGGCACCACCGAACCUGAGGACAAAGUGCCAGAGUGGGAGGAGCUACCUAGCAGGAGCCUACAGAUGGAGGCUCUGGAGCGGCUUACUUCCACGGUACAGAAUGAACUGGUCCUCGCCCUCGCAAAGAAAGCACAAAGGACGAGGGCAGGGGAGGGAGGCUCGGGGCCAGUCGAGAAGGCAGCAAGCGCGACGGAGAGCCCCGCGGAGAGCACGGGGGGAGUGUGCGCGCUGCGGGGCAAGGACGACACGUCCCGGCUGGAGGUGGCCCGGGGGCUGGCUCAGGACGGGUGCCCUUUCCUGCAGAAGCAGAAUCCCAAGGUGCCGGAUCAGCGUUCAGAGGGUCACGGUGACGAGGCUGCCCGUGUCGUACAGUCGGGACGGCACCGGGAUGUACUGCUGCUCCAGCAAGUGCUGUCGAAACAGCUGCCCCCACCUUCCUUGGGGAGGGGGAGUCGGCAGGAGGUAGACAAGAGGUAUGUGGUGGUGUCCGGGACGCCCGAGAAGAUCUUGGAACACCUGCUGAGUGACCUGCAGCUGGAUGGCCAGCAGGAGGCGACGCAGUGCAAGGAGGCCGAGACGCUCCUGGACGACUUCCUGCUGACCUACCUGGUGUUCAUGUCCACGAGCGACCUGUGUCAGGCGCUGUUGGGACACUAUUGUGCAAAGAGAUACAGAGGGAAGGAGGCGGGGUGCAGGAAGGAGGGGGGGAAGGAGGCUCUGCACAGGAAACGCAAAGUCCUGCACCUGGUGUCCCAGUGGAGCUCACUGUACAGGGACUUCCUGCGCGAGGAGGAGCACGUCAAGCUCUUCAUGAAGACCCUAUAUCGAUACGUCUUGGAUGACCUCUAUGAGUACCCCGCCCUGGAGAAGGAUUUCAAAGAAUUCCAGAAGCUUCUUUGCAUGAGCCGCAGGCACACAGUGGAUGAAUACUCGCCGCACAGAAAGAAUAAAGCCCUCUUUCAUCAGUUGAGUUUGAAAGAGAACCUGCUCCAGUCAAGAGGAACACAAAGAGAGAAAGAAGUGUUCUGCCAUGUCUACGUGACUGCGGACUCCUACCUGAGCAUCAAGACCUACACAGCGGUGGAGGCCCAGGAGCUACUCAGCAUCACAGCUGGGAGGAUGGAGUGCACAGAGGACGGCCUGCUGUUGGCAGCAGAGACCUGUGCUGGAGAAAGGCUCAUUCUUCAGCCCCAUGACAGUGUUUAUUCAGAGUCCCGAUCCAUACAAGGGAGACUACUCAUCUGCAGGAAGGAUCUAAGCCAAAUAAUGAAUCCCUUCACUGACAACGCGGAUCUCCACCAGAGGCCUGUCCGCCUGCUUGGCAUGAACACAUGGGAUGUUGCUGUUUCCCUCACUAAUUUUGACUGGAGCCUCUUCACAUCCGUGCGUGAGCAGGAGCCCAUUUACUACACGAUCAGCCGGCAGGGGAGCAGCGGCCGCACGGCUGCGCUGGAGAUGCUGCUGCAACGCUGCAACGAGGUGCAGCUAUGGGUGAUGACCGAGGUGCUGCUCUGCACCAACCCUGGCAAGCGGGUCCAGCUGCUUAAAAAGUUCAUCAAAAUUGCAGCCCACUGCAAAGCACAAAGAAACCUGAACUCUUUCUUCGCCAUCAUCAUGGGCCUCAACACAGCAGCGGUCAGUCGACUGAGUUUGACUUGGGAGAAAGUUCCGUGCAAAUUCAGGAAGCUGUUUUCAGAACUGGAAAUGCUGACGGACCCAUCCCUCAACCACAAAGUCUACAGGGAUAUAUUCAAGAAGAUGAAGCCCCCCAAGAUCCCCUUCAUGCCUCUUCUUCUCAAGGAUAUCACCUUUAUUCAUGAGGGCAACAAAACGUUCCUUGAUAACUUGGUUAAUUUUGAAAAACUGCACAUGAUUGCAGAUGCCGUCCGUCUUAUCCGACACUGUCAGAUGGACCACACGGGAAAUGAAGUGUCCCCAAAGGAUAAUGCAGAAACAAGAAGCUAUAUUAAUUACCUUCACAUCAUCGACAAUCAGCAGACUCUUUUCGACCUGUCCCACAGAUUAGAGCCCCGGAUGUAGGGGUGAGAAUCGCCAUAACUCCGCAUGCAUUGAUACAGAAGUCAUGGAAGUGGAUCGAAGCAAAAAAAAAAAAAAAACGGACCACCUGCGAGAUCG